AUGGCUUCCUCGCGCAUAACUCAGAUCAGCAAGCAUCUCGGACCUGGGAACCCACGAACACCAGAUCCCAAGCCUGCUGAGCCUUACAUAGUCGUCGAACAACCCCUAGGAACAGGAAAAAGGGUCCGCAUCAUCACAAUCGGCAGCGGCGCAAGCGGCCUCAACAUGAUCCGCACCUUUCGUCAGAAACUCACAAACUUCGAACACAUUGUCUAUGAGAAGAACCCCGAAGUUGGAGGUACUUGGUACGAAAACCGCUAUCCGGGAUGCAAAUGCGAUAUACCCUCGCACAACUACCAAUUCUCCUGGAAGCCAAAUAAGGAGUGGAGCAGCUUUCUGUCUCCGGCGGAAGAGAUUCAGGCGUACUUGUGCCGCUUGUGUGACGGUGAAGACCUACGGCGCCAGAUCAAGACUAAUCAUCUCGUGACGGGAGCAUUCUGGGAUGAAGAUGCUGGGCGAUGGACGGUCAGGGUGAAGAAUUUGGAGGACGGUGUGGAGUUUGAGGAUUCUUGCGAGUUUCUGCUGAACGCGAGUGGUAUUCUCAACAACUGGAAGUGGCCAGAUAUUCCCGGCUUGCACGACUUUUCCGGCUCCCUCCUUCACAGCGCCGACUGGGAUGAUAAGUUUGACUGGAAAGGAAAAAGAGUCGCCAUCAUAGGCAAUGGCUCAUCUGGUGUUCAGAUCGUUCCAGCUGUACAAAGAGGGAAAGACGCAAAGGAAAUGAUUCAUUUUAUUCGGGGACCAACUUGGAUUAUGCCGCCUCGGGUUCAGACAUUGCUACUGGGCAAAGCAAAGCAAACGAUGGAGCAGAUCGAGUUGGACGAUGACGAGAACUUCACGCCAGCUCAGAUUGACAAGUUCAAGUCGGAUCCUGCACUCUACAAGUCGUUCGUAAAGGCCAUAGAGGAGCAAGUUAACAACAAUUUCUUCCUCGUUGGUGACCCAAUCUUCCCUUUUCUGAACUUUCCACUAACUAUGAGGCUCCAGGUACUAAAAGACUCGGAGACUCACCGACAAGCAACAGAAGGUGUCACUCAAUACAUGCAAUCAGCACUCAACGACGACCAAAGACUGAUUGAUAUCCUGAUCCCCAAGUUUCCUAUUAGUUGUCGUCGGAUGACACCAGGUGUGGGGUACCUAGAAUCGUUGACGAAACCCAAUGCGAGAGUCAUCUCGGGAGGAAUCGCUCGCGUAGUCUCGGAUGGCCUGGUUACAGAAUCCGGAGAACAUGUUGCGGUUGAUGCCAUCGUGUGUGCCACCGGAUUCGACGUCUCGUUUCGCCCGCGGUUUCCCAUUAUUGGACGGCGGUCUACAAAUCUCCAGGAUAUCUGGGCCAAGGAUAUCCCGAAAGCCUACAUGUCUUGCGCGGUUCCCGAGAUGCCUAAUUACUUUGUCUUCCUCGGUCCAAAUGCCCCAAUCGGCCAUGGCAGUGUCUUCACGAUAACCGAGCUGCUCGCAAAAUACAUCGCCGGCAUCAUCAAGAAAUGCCAAACUGAGGGCAUUAAAUCCAUCAGCCCCAGCCUCGACGCAGUCAAUGAGCUUCACGAACAUACCCAAGCCUUCAUGCCGCGAACAGCGUGGGCAGGGUCCUGCAGGUCCUGGUUCAAAGGCGGUGCUGUGGAUGGACCCGUCACGGCGCUGCAUCCCGGGAGUAGAAUCCACUUUUUCCACAUGUUGGAGAACUUCAGAGGCGAGGACUGGGAUUAUGUGUAUGAGAAGAAACGAAAUCGGUUCGCGUAUCUAGGGAAUGGGAUAUCGACGAAGGAGCUUGAUGGGUCUGAUUCAACUUGGUAUCUGAAUGAUCAUGAUGGUGAUGAGAGACGGUCAACGGCUCAAUCGUUACCUCUGACAAUCUGUGGUGUAUCAGACCUAUCAAUCACCUCCAACACAACCUCCAACAUGGGUACAGACGCACAAAAGAGGGUCAGCCUGACCUUCCUCUCAACCGGCUCAGUCCGCAUCAAACUACCCAUGAAAAGCCAACCGGUAAAAUCCUACCUCGACCAAUUCGUCACCCUGCGCCGCUUCCGCUGCAUCGCAAACCGCCAAUGGACGGAACCCCUCCCCAUCGGCGUCUUCCUCAUCGCCCACCCAGGCGGACCAAUCCUCUUCGACACGGGCGAGUCUCCCUGCUUCAAUGACCCGGGCUACCUCCCCUACCUAUCCCCGACAAAGAUGUUCAGCAGCGUGGAUAUCAAGCCUGAAGACGGAAUCGUGCAGCAAUUGCAGCGUCUCGGUGUGGAACCCAGCGAUCUGCAGGCCAUCGUGCUGAGUCACCUCCACGGCGACCACGCUGGCGGAUUGAAGGCUCUGAAAAUUGCUGCGCCGGACGUUCCUGUGUUCGUGAGCAAGGAGCACUGGGCCGCUUUUGGGAAUAGCCCCAUGACCGCGACGCUUGCGGGGUGCGUGCCACAGCACUGGCCGGAAGGAUUCCAGCCUACUCUUGUGGAUUUCUCGGCCGGGGCCGUGGGGCCGUGGGAGACGUCUGGCCGGAUCACGGCUGAUGGGAAGGUUGUGGCGGUGCAUACACCCGGUCACGUCCCCGGCCACAUUUCGCUAGUCGUGUAUGGCGAUAACGAGGACGGAACAACAUCGACGUACUGCUUGCUUGGGGACGCGAGCUAUGGUAUCGAUUUGCUGGAUAAGGAAGAGCCGGAUGGUAUUAAUGACGACCCCAUGUCGGCGUUGGACAGCUUGCGAAAGAUCAAGGCCUUUGCGAAACAGAGUGAUGUGGUUGUUCUUCCAAGCCAUGACCCGGAUACACCUCGAUUGCUGAAAGAGCGGGUGUUGUACAAGCCACAGGAUAUUUGA